UUGUUAUCGAUCGAUGAAGUAUAGAUCUCCAAAGCGCUGUGGUACACCAUAACAAACAUUAAAAAAUAGUAAAUAGGCAACAUAACAAGAAGUAGAAAUUGUUUUCACUCGCGCUGUAUUACAUAUUUUGUUUAUUUGUGCAGUGUUUAGCUGUUCUAGUCUUGCAAAAAUGUUAGCCUAGAGGAAAUUAAGUGUUGUUCAAUAUGGGAUUUUUGUACCGAUUCAUCAUUUUCAACCUAAUUUUGGCCCCAUUCAGUUGGGGUCGUUUGAACGAAGAAGACAGUUUAACUUCGAUUGAUUUGAGAAGAGGUUCGCAGUGCUUCCACGAACCCCCUGAAAGCUGUCCAUCACCGGAAGACAGAUGUCGCUGCAAACCGCUUCACAAGCACGCGGUGGUUUGCUGCAAUGUUAAUCCUUUUCUUCUUACAGAAGGAUUAGCAUGCGCAAAUGUGACCACAAACGGUUUGGUUACCGAAUUGCACAUCAGAAACGCCACCCUGGAAGUGUUGAAUGUGUCCCUCCCCACGUGGAAACGAUUGAGGUCGUUGUCGAUAACGGAUGGACGAAUAAACAGGGUGGCUGGGGAAUUUGGCAAACUCAGUCAUGUCUCGUGCCUUAAUCUGUCUUCGAAUUCAAUUGCUGAGUUUGAAGACAGAGCACUCGUCAAUUUGUACAAUCUUAGUAUUUUGGAUCUAUCUUACAACAAUUUAUCUGACGUACCUCGAUUUAGGAAAGAAGGAUUCCUAACUCUGGAUAUAUCAGAAAACAAGCCCUUACUUUGUACUAAUUUAUAUGACACGUUUAAAAAGACUGAUAUAAGAUUUAACAAUAAAAACAAUACCUUCUGUCUAUCAUCAAGAACUUUCCAUUGGUUUAACUCCACUGAGCAAGUGCCUUUCAAUCAAGUAGAAACAAUUCAUAAGGUGCGUGAAGAAUGUGGAAAUAAUUGUACCUGCGAACCUGUUAGAUUACAAAUAAUAAUAGGGAAACCACCAGCGUUUGCCGUUUUCGUUAAUUGUUCUAAUAUGCACUUGACGUCUUUACCGACCCCAUUACCCCCUAAUACCGUGGGGCUGAACGUGUCGAACAAUAAUAUAACAUCACUGGAACUAAUUAGUGAAGAUCCAACUUAUGAAAACUUGAGAGAGUUGUUUGCAGACAACAACCAAAUUACAUCAAUAGUGCCUUUGGAGGGAACAAAAUUUCUAAGCAGUUUUCAAGCUCUUAGUUUAAGAAAUAACCAAGUGAAAAGUCUUCCUUUGUAUAUAUUGACGAACAUCUUUGACAGAAAUGAUAAUAAUCAUUUUAUAAACUUGGGAUUAAAUCGCAUACACUGCGACUGUAAUACAGCAAAAGUUUUAAAGGUAAGCUCCUGUAUAUUAUUUCAUCAUCAUCAUCAUGAUCAUAAGGUCGUCAGUCCUAAGACUGGUUGGACACGCACCUCCACCUCUUCAUUAUGA